UUUUUUUCUUCAUUUAUAGGCAAGCACUGGCCAUGGCGGCUGGCCCAUGAGCGUGUGGUUGACCCCUGACUUGAAACCGGUGUUUGGUGGGACAUACUUCCCUCCUGAGGGUGGCUUUGGUCGUCCCGGCUUCCGACAAUUGCUGGAAAUACUUGGUGCUAAAUGGAACGUGCGUGAAGCAGAGCUGCGAGCAACUGGCGAGAAUAUGUACAAAGCUUUGAAGAAACAAGAAGACUUCGUCGGGAUGGGGCCAGGAGUCAUUGGGCUCGAGGACCAGGACGAAGUCGGCCUGGAAACCACGUUGAUCCGACUGAUGUUCACCUUGUUGGAGAGUCGCUACGAGGAGAAGUUUGGCGGGUUCGGGUUUGCGCCGAAAUUCCCGCAGCCGUCGCUGAUUGACUUCUUGUUGGCCUACGCCUCGUGCUAUGUGAAGGGAAAGUCGCACGAGUAUGAAGCCGCCGUCAACAUGGUGUCACAUACGCUUACGAUGAUGGCCCGUGGCGGUAUUCAUGAUCACAUCGCUCAAGGCUUUGCGAGGUACUCUACGGACGACGAAUGGCAUGUUCCGCAUUUCGAGAAGAUGCUGUACGACCAGGGGCAAUUGGCAGUGUCGUAUUGCAAUGCUUAUUUGUUGACCAAGGACGAAUUCCUGGCCGAAAUUGUGCGGGACAUCUUGACGUAUGUCGGGAGAGACUUGAAUCAUCCGCUGGGCGGAUUUUUCUCGGCUGAAGAUGCGGACUCGUAUCCUACGCGAGACUCGAAGGUGAAACGUGAAGGAGCUUUUUGCGUGUGGACCUGGGACGAGAUCCACGACGCCCUGGGCAAAGAAACAGUCAAUGAUUCUGUGUCACUUGCGGUGAUUUUCUGCUACUUGUUUGACGUGAAGAAAGGGGGAAAUUGUGACUUCGAAAAGGAUCCUCACGGGGAAUUGCGGAACCAGAACGUGUUGAUAAUGCGGACGACUCCACAGCUGGCUGCGGCCAAGUUUGAUUUAUCCCUGCCGGAGCUGUCUGAAGUGAUUGAGCGGUGCAAGAAAAUCUUGUACGAGCGACGACAACAGCGGCCGAAACCGCAUUUGGACAAUAAAAUGAUUGCCGGCUGGAACGGACUUAUGAUCAGUGCUUUUGCUCGGGCNCCGGAGCUGUCUGAAGUGAUUGAGCGGUGCAAGAAAAUCUUGUACGAGCGACGACAACAGCGGCCGAAACCGCAUUUGGACAAUAAAAUGAUUGCCGGCUGGAACGGACUUAUGAUCAGUGCUUUUGCUCGGGCCGGCGCCGUUUUGGCGGAUGCCGGCUACGUGGACAGGGCUGUCAAGGCCGCCAAUUUCAUGCGCAAGUAUAUGUGCGAUGAUGACGGGAUGUUGACACGGAGUGUUUACGCUGGAGAGAAGGCGGGGGAGACUUCACAGUUGGCAAAUCCGAUUCCGGCUUUUGCCAGCGAUUAUGCUUUUUUAAUCCAAGGAUUGCUGGAUUUGUAUGAGGCGUCAUUGGACGAGCGGUGGAUGGAGUGGGCGUACAAGUUGCAAGAAGUGAUGGACAAGCUUUUUUGGGACGCCGCUUUAGGCGGCUACUUUGAAUCUCGCGAAGGGGACCCGAAUAUCCUCAUUAGGCUCAAAGAAGAUCAGGACGGAGGGGAGCCGACUGCGAACUCGGUGGCUGUGAAGAACCUGUUGCGGUUGCACGCCUCUCUGGGCGAGGCGGCCAUGCUCACGCGGGCCUUGCGAAUAUUCGACGCCUACAAGCCUCGACUGCGCCACAUGCCCAUGGCCCUGCCCCAAAUGUUCACGGCUCUCAUCAUGAGCCAGGUUGGGAUGCGUCAGGUGGUUGUUCAAGGCCCGCGCGGGUCGCCGGCGACCAACGCACUCAUCGGCGCCGUUUUCUCCGCCUCGGCCCCGAAUAAGGCCCUCGUUUUCAUUGACAACAAGACCGGGUCGUCGGGAUUUAUUGCGAAAAAGCUUGGCCUGAGUGUCGGUGGUCCGGCGACGACCAACGGCGGCGGUGGCGGGAAUGAGGACGCCGUUGCGAGGGCGCACGUGUGCGUGGAUCAAGCGUGCUCAGCGCCGACUUCGGACCCUGACGAGCUCCUGAAGCAACUCUCUGCUCGAAACAUCUGAGGAGAAUGAUUUUUAAUCAUUGAAAAAAAAAGAGAGAGGAAAAUUUCGCGGGAGAGAGAAAAAGAAUUGAGUGUUUUUUUUUCUCUCUCUUCCGCAUUGUUGGUUUCAACUUUCGGCUGGAUGUUCUCAUUACUUUUUAAAGUCAUUGUCUUCUUUCUUGUUCUUGUCGUUGUUGGCGGACGGACGGACGAAGGGAUGGACGUGAAGGAUUGUUUUUUUUUUUCAUUUGGUGGAUGCCAAGGUUUGUGUUCGGCGUUGGUUGGCGACAAGCAAACAGGGUGAUGGCGUGUCGUUAUAUUUUUAUUUUUUCGUUGUUCGUUUGUUUGUCCCCUGAUGUUCCUUGUCUGUAACUUGGACCUGGUUCCUUUUAUCGGCCGCGUGGAAAAUCAUUUUUCAUUCGUUUCGGCUGCUCCAUUGAACGCAGGUGGCGAUUUUGGCCAAAUUCAGAUGAAAAGAAACCCGUGCUGACCUUCUUCGCCGUGAAUAUUUGAACAAAGUGUAAUGCUGACAAGGUAUGGUUGCUCGUUUAGGAAACUUGGUGAUUUUUGUAUUUUUGCUUGAUUCAAAUGUCGAGAUGAGCAGAUUUUAUUUUUACAUAACUGAGCCUGGAAUUACAGUACGGUAAGAGGUGUAAAUGAUGAUGAUCGCAUUUGCUCAAACUGAGACAGUCACGAGGUUAAUUGGAAGGAAAAAUUCAGCCCGAUGAAACCUACGUCUUGCAUGCGAAGCGAGACAAUUUUUAAUCAUGAAUAUCCGUUUCAUACCUUGUCCAUGACAAUGAUAGGUCGUGUUGGUGUGGGUGGGUGUCGCUCGCAGUCAAAAGUUCAAUGCCGAAUUGUUUUAUGGUGUGGGUAGAUGUCGCUGUCAGUCACGUUAUAUUAAAUCCGUCGUCGGAUGUUCGAGUUCUUAAUUAUGAAGUGCCAUGUGCUCUUUAUCAGUUUUUUUGUUUGGUUUUUCUGUGUCAUUCUAUAAAAUUGCGACGCAAACGUUUUGAUUGUUCUAAAAUGAAACGAUUUUCAGAUUCCUUGAGCCCCAAUGGGAACCGUAUAUGUUAGUACGUGUAAAAUGCUAGGUGAUCUGUCGUUUGAGACCCAGAACUGGCCUCUGUGUGAAUUUGCAUUUUAGUUCCAGUUGUUUUUUUUUCUUUUCCUGGGGUUUCGUCUGAAUUUUGACGAAGUUUUUCUCUGUGUUCCAUGCUUCAGCCAUUUCUCGGUUUUGUUCUGCUCAUUCCCUGUGAGCAGCUGUUUUUUUUUUGUGUCGAGGAUCGGAAGAAUUAAAUUGGAUUCGAUGGUUAUUUC